AUGGGGCAGGCGAGCUGCAAGGGGCUCUACCAGUCGCUGUUCGACUACAAGACGGAGAAGUAUGUCAUCGCCAAGAACAAGAAGGUGGGCCUGCUCUACCGGCUGCUGCAGCUCUCCAUCCUGACCUACCUGGUGGUUUGGGUAUUCCUAGUGAAGAAGAGUUAUCAAGACACUGACACCUCCCUGCAGAGCAGCAUCAUCACCAAAGUCAAGGGCGUGAUCUUCACCAACACCUCGGAGCUGGGGGAGCGGCUUUGGGACGUUGCUGACUACGUCAUCCCACCCCAGGGGGAGAACGUCUUCUUCGUCAUCACCAACCUCAUUGUGACCCCCAACCAGCGGCAGGAAACCUGUGCUGAGAAUGAAAGCAUUCCCGACGCUGUGUGCUCCGAGGACAGUGACUGUCCUCCUGGGGAGCCUGUCGUGACUGGAAAUGGAGUGAGGACUGGCCGCUGCCUGCGGGCGGAGAACAUGCAAAGAGGCACCUGCGAGAUCUUCGCCUGGUGCCCAGUGGAAACAAAGUCCAGGCCGGAGAAGCCUCUCCUGGGCAAGGCCGAAGACUUCACCAUUUACAUCAAGAACUUCAUUCGUUUUCCCAAAUUCAACUUCUCCAAGACCAAUGUGCUGGACACCGAGGACAGAGCUUACCUGAAGUCCUGUCGGUUUGGCCCCAAGGACCCCUACUGCCCCAUCUUCCGACUGGGGUCUGUGGUCAGGUGGACGGGGAGCAACUUCCAGGAGAUAGCCGUGCAGGGCGGUGUGAUAGGGAUCCAGAUCGAGUGGGACUGUGAUCUUGACAAAGCUCCCUCUGAAUGCAACCCUCGCUAUUAUUUUAGCCGGCUGGACCGCAGGUUUUCCGGAAACUCUGUCUCCUCUGGGUAUAACUUCAGGUUUGCCAAAUAUUACCGUGAUGAAGCUGGGGUGGAGUUCCGUACCCUGAUCAAAGCCUACGGGAUCCGCUUUGAUGUCCUGGUGAAUGGCAGGGGAUCUUUCUUCUGUGACCUGAUACUCAUCUACCUGAUCAAAAAGAGCCACUUUUACCGCAACAAGAAGUUCGAGGAAGUACGGUCUGGCCACCCGGGGAACGGAAAGGUGACUGCGGAGCAGCUGCAGAACCUGCAGACGGUGGAGGCGUAG